UGUCAUCACAUUUUUAUGUGACGCCCCGUUUGAAUAAUGCAUUUUAAUUAUUGUCAAUUUGUUAGUCAAUUACUGAUAAUAUUACUGUACAGUAGUUGAUCAUUGAUUGUACUGUAGUUGUGGUCAACAAAAGCAUUUGAUAUUAUAAAAUCAAAAACUAAAUUGUUUUUUUAAUAAUGUCUACCAUCGGUGAUGAUGAUGACGAUGAUAAUGAACCGGUCAUCAAUGUUACACAACUUGUACAGUUAACUGAUUUGGGUAUCAAUGAAAAGGACAUCAAUUGGUCAAAAGUAAAGAUAAAUAGCUAUCGAUGGAUUGCCGUCCGACAUAGUAAGCCUAUGCAAGAGUGUCAAGGACUGGAACCAAUGGUCUCUACGGAAAUGGCCUGCAGUUUACCGUCGGAGGCCUAUUAUCCGCAUUUGUUUAGCCCAUACCAUCGCAACUACAGUUGUGACGAUCUACAGCACAUCAGAAAUAGUCACGAAGGCCACUGUCCUAAUCAUAAAACUAACGGUGCGAUCGCCGGUGUUGUAUCUCAGGAAACAGUUAUCACAGUAAUCAAUCCGUUUACUAAUCAUCUGUACAAUUGUCAGACCAGUUGCGACACAAAAUGCGCCCAAAUAUCGGCCGACAAUGAGAUGAUCGCCAUCUCUAACGACCGUUAUCUGGCCGUCUAUUGUGUCGCUACCAAUAAGUGCUUAAACACUUUGCCGUUCGCCUCCCGAUGCCUUUACUGGUGCUGGAUUGCCAGCAAUACAAUUGCAAUCAUCACCGAUAUUGAUGUCUAUCACUGGUGUAUUGACUAUCCAUUUGAACCGAAACUUGUCUUCAAACUUGACAAACGUUUUCGCGACUAUCAGAUCACUGGCUAUAAGUGUGAUCUACGAAACCAGUUAUGGUUUGCCAUAUCGUCGCUAUAUGUUGACGAUGAAGGUGAUAUAAACGGCUGUAUUCAGAUCUAUUCUGAACGCAACCAACUGUCCCAAUGUAUCGAAGCCCAUGCGUUCACACUAUGCGAGUACCGAUUCCAAGCUAACCGUUGGCCAACCAACGUACUAUUGGCCGCCAAACGUAGUCAUAUGAAUACUUUUAAGAUAUACAUCAUAGAGUUGGGACCGAUACCCGAAGGCAACAACUCGUUAAUUUCACGCACAGAAGUCAUACCUCUUGUCGAUGGCAACGAUGUUCAACACAUGGAUAUACCGGUUGCCAUUGAAUGCAAUACGGAAUUAGGACUUAUUUACGUAUUUACAAAGUACGGUGCCCUAUACCUAUGCGACAUGGACUCGGCCGCUCUUAUACAGUCGGCAGUCAUAUCGGCAUCGGUAGUGUUUGCCGCACUGUUGGACGACGACUCGCAAACCGUAUUAGCUAUCAACCGAUCGGGGCAAUUGUUGUCCAUCAAUUUGUUUAUUUCCCAAUUGAUCCGAAACUUGACUGAUUCGGCUAAGCCAGAGAUUGCCCAACGAAUUCAAGCCAUUGUUGACAGUGAGACAGGCAGUGAUGGCCGACCCGUCGGUGACGAUGACGACGACGAUGAAGACUGUGAUGAAGUGACCAGACUUUAA